AUGGGCGGUGCAUGCGGCACGCAGAAGGCCAGCGUCGUUGACGCAGGAGCGUCUGCACCUGGCGCCCUUCCCGUAUUCGAGGGCGACGAGACCGCAGACCACAAGAGCGAUGUGGAUGCUUUACUUGCAGUCAAGGGUGGAGGCACCUCAGCGCGAAACAAGGUUGACCUUCUCCAACCUGGAGGACACGAUAGUGUAGCGAGUUCGCCGGGAGAGGAAGGCACAACACUAGCGAAUUCUUCUGCCGAAGAAGCGGGCGGCGAAAGCAGUGCUUCUUCUGCGCCACAAACACGCGCAUCCUCGAAAGAGGGGUCAAGAGCAGAUCAUAGUACGGGGAACAUCAUGCAUUUACGAGCUGGCAACAACAACACGACUACGCACAAUAGAACCGGCGCUCUUCAGGAGAUCGGCCUCGGAGGAAGUAAAAGUGGUAGUCCGAGUGACGACAGUGACUCACUUGGGGGCUCUAUUUCUGGCCCGCCGCGAACACUACCCACCGGUGCUAGAAACGACAUAGCGACAGAUGCAGGCACCCUUCUCGUUGGUCCAGGUGGAGCAUCCUCUUCAUCAUCAUCGCAGGCUCAGGGAAAGAAUUUUCGAUCUUUUCAGGUGCUGGAGAGAAUCGAGAGUCGGUCUCGGUCCUCAAGCAAAAACUCCAACACUGCAGCUGCAGCCUUUGGAAAUAGUAAAAACAAACUUUAUGCUGGCAUAAGAUCUUCAGUCUCGUCGGGUUCAUAGUCAUAAACACGCAGUGUUAGGCUGAAUCUGCACUGAUUCCCUCAACGGUAAACCAUCAGGACUACAUCUACAACGACUAGUUGUUCCUUCUAUGCUUAUCUUCUAACCUGUAGCCCCAGAAGGAUUUGGCAGUUAUCGAUCAAACUCGCGAAGUAAACUGCGCACGCGACCAAAUGGAGAGGUCUACAGCAAUUACGAUGGCUAUUUGGAGAAGUCACAGGCUGCUUCAGAAGACGAGGGAAAUGCCUCAAAACAGGGGAAUAGUAAGCUUAAGGGCCAAUCCUGGUUUUUCUACAAUCAUACAAAUUGGUUGACAUCGAAUGGGCAUUCAACAUAAUUAAUAUGGAUACAACGCUUACGCAUUCAACAUAUAAUACAGCAUUUUACACAUACACCUGGAUACAGUCAUGCUGAACGGAUUUUCAUGAGAAUGCAAUCACGCAACCACCUCUAAGAAACCCUCCAACCGAAUGCCGCGUAAUAAUGCUGGUACACCAUUGUCAUCUACGGAUCCUAUGUUGGGUCAAAGCAACUAUUCCAGAUCCGAAUAUGCCGCCGACCGGACAUUGCGGGGACGGUUACUUUAUUAUUAAGGCCUGCGCAGGAUCAUGAUGGUACUGGUAGAUUCCAAAUUCUUCUUUUCAAUUGUUGAUGAAGGAAGUCAAGUAAGAGGACGUUGAAUUUUUCAUUCUCCAGUCCUGCAUCCCCCCCAGUUCCGCAUUUUACUUCUAGCAUGAUGGAUCAGUAUUUAGCUACUUCUAUCAUGAUGGUCUGUUUCUUCGUCAUGAUCGUCCAUCUCUAAUCAUCCGGCGUCGAUUUCGCAGUCGCUAAAAAAGUCGCCAACUUCGUGGACAUGCAAGCAGACGACAGGGGUGGUAGCACCACAGCAAUUCCCAGAGUAGCGGGGGAUCAGGGAAAUUCCUUGAGUUUCCUGUGGCAGUGUGUGGAAUUUGCAAAGCUGACUCCAGCAGAAGAAGAUCAAGCGCUCGGGAGAUUGUCAUGCUACUUGGGUGAAGAAGAAUUCGCUAGAUUGACAAGAGGACAACAACAUUAUGGAAUCGGGUUUGAUCUUUGUUACUAAGCUGAAGAACGAAGUGCAUGGUGAUCAAUAUCCAGAUUCAUGAUCAAGAAUGACGACCAUUACUGGUUCUUGUAGUGUGAACAAUUAUGAUGCCAGCCUAUUUCUAGUACUAUUCUGAUUCUUCGCUCGUCUAAUCACUACGUCUUCGCGAGUUGACUGGGUGUACGGAAGCAGACGUGAUACGCGAGAACGAGGAGCGGAAGCGACAGAAAAACUUCGUGCCUCCACCACCACUGCCAGGUGGAAUUUCGUAAGAAUGCUUUGUGAUCAUUAGGGAAUUCAAGAAGAUGCAGGACGAAAGGCAGCAGUGUUGAUGGAGCGAUAUUGAGCUACUUGUUUAAGAACUACGUACCUACUUUUCAAGCUGAAAGUUUGUAAUAAUGGUAUAUAGCCAGUCCCAGUAUAUCAGCUGUUUUAUAGAAUUACUUGUUGUGCUUGUGCUAUCCUUGUAGAACUUUAUUUGAUUAUGAUUGGAAAACGAAAAAUAGAAUACUUAUCGAUUGUGCUAUGAAUGAUUCCUGGUUUUUUUCUGAACAGUGUCGUUCGCUUUCCUUGCGCAGAUAUAUUUCAGUUUCGUUAUAAGUACGCAGAUCGAUGGUGUGAAGUAAAUCAUCGAUUGAAAUCUCAGAUUCAGCAAAAACAUCGAGCCUUAUCGCUAUUCAUUAGGAUCAGGCGGCCGCAGUGGUUCGUAUACCUACGAGAAACAAGGCUAAAGAUUGGUAGUCGUACAACAACUUCAUUCUCGCUGUCACAGGUCAACUACAACUUGACGUGAUGUAAGUAAUAUCAAGAAAGUCUAUAAUUAGAAAUAGAAAAAGACUCGUUCUUGUCAUCCAGAACUCAAGUUCAUCGUAUUCUUGUGUGAUCGCUAUGUCCUCGCGUUCUGGGACAGAAAUAAAUCAACAGUCAGAGGACGAAGACACAUGAAACAACAUUGCAUGCGUCUGAUUCAUCAGAUUGACUCGCCAACUUUUCGAUGCACCAUGUCUGUGGAUGCAAAUACUCUAGUAACGCUGAACCGAAAGUAGAGAAGAUGUAGAGGACGAU